AUUAUCGUCCCACACUCCAGCCCAGCAGGUGGCGGUAAUGCAACUUAGGUUGGCUUGCAAACCGCCAAUAAACACAGUAGGAGGAAGAAGUGUUUAAGCAAGAGUGACAAAGUUGGCUUGUCUUGUCUAAAGGAUGGGAUAGAGUCGGCAAGAAACUGACUUCAGCAGCAGACGAGUUUAGUCAGUGUCGUCGAAGUCUGUUCCUGCUUCAGACGCAGUUUCCUCUACCUCGAUCGUUUGGUUCAGUAAACCAGGACAGACGCCUAUCGACGGGCAGCAGACUUUAAGGCAGCACCGCCAUGGGAAUACGACUGUCCCGAAGCGGCAGUAGACUGCGACUCCUCCCGGAGAGGCACUGCUCCGGGCCUCGGGGAGAGAACAGAGACUCCGAUAAUGAUUCUCUGGAUGGGCUCGACCGUCGGGAGGACAUCGCUAAAUUCCCAUACGUGGAGUUCACCGGCAGGGACAGUAUAACCUGUCCGACGUGUCAAGGCACCGGGCGGAUGCCUUCAGAGCAAGUUAAUGAACUGGUUGCACUGAUCCCAUACAGUGACCGAAGGCUGCGGCCCCAGAGAACGAAGCUGUACGUGGUCCUGUCUGUUACUCUGUGCCUCCUGGUGUCUUCGCUCGUUGCCUUCUUCCUCUUCCCUCGCUCUGUGGUGGUGGUAGACGGCGGGAUACGCUCGGUGACUGUCCACUUCAACCAUUCCAGUAACAAAGUCCUGAUGAACAUGACGAGCACGCUCAACUUCAGCAACCCAAAUUUCUUCUCGGUGCUGGUGCAGAGUGUGAACUGCCAGGUCCUUUACAUGAAGACGGUGAUCGGAUCACGGCUGCUAGACCUCGCCACCAGUAUCCUGCCACUCAGCGAGCGUCAGGUGAACUAUACGGUCGGCGUGGAGAUUGGUAGCAGUGUGCCCUACGUCUUUGCCUUCUGCACCAUGCCCAGCAUCAAGGUCCACAACAUUCUUGUAUUUAUGCAAAUGUCAGUGAAAACCUCGUACAUGGUGCGGACGUCCCAGAACAGCCUCGAGGCCUAUCGUUACUUAGACUGCGGUUCCAACACCACAUACCACCAGAUGACCAGGCAGAAGCGCCUCUCCUCUACCCACUCCCCAGUCUUCAGUGCCCCUCUGCUGUGAGUGCAACAGCCUUAGACAACAAGGAUCGACAUUUCUCUUGAGGUGGGAGAAUGUGGUGCAAACUCCAGGAUGGCUUUUCCACUUGUAUGCAGACAAAAACACCAAAUGGUUCUUCUAACCGCAUGCAGUAACAUUAAACUGCUGUUUCCUGGAAAACACGAGUGUAGCAGGGAAUGUCGUGAACAGCAACAGUCGCUGGUUGUGACUGCACAUGAGCUUCCAUUGGACAGCCCAGAGGCAGUAGUCAAGUGGUUUUGUUGUGGUUGUUGUUAAGAUGACUCCAAGUGAAAUGACUGAACCUGAAGCUUUAACACCUUGUGUCACUGAAUAUUUAAUAUUUCUUGGUGGGGCUUCUGCUUAUCUGAACUAAUCAUGUUUAAAAAGGAACUUUUGCCAUUUCAAACCUGCCAACUGGAUGAGUCACAUUUUUCCUGUAGUGUAAACAGAGCAGCAAACAGAAUGAGUCAUUGCCUGUUCUGGAAACGGGACAGAUGCCAGGGAAAGCCCUGUUCUCAAAGGGAAAUGUUUCCAGCUGACAGUCAAGUGUUAGGGGAAACUUGUCGUGACGCUGCAGAGCUCAAUGUGUGUCUGCUGCUCUUGUUGGUGAAGGAUCAGGAGAGUGUCUCCCACCAAAGCUCGAUUGACUUUGCACUGUCACACUGUGCUGACUUAAGGCUGCUGGCCUCUGUGGAUCUAAUGUGAGGAAUCAUUUAGUGAUGGUGUUUUUGCACCUUGAAUGUAGCUCAGUGUAUUAAACAGUUUUUGGUAUGUUAUUUAAAUCUGUUGAAAAUGGCAUUUACAUAUUAAACAUAUCACAAGUGUUUGAAUUUUUUUUUUCGUUCCUGUCAUCUCAGUACGUUUAAGUACACUGACUAGACUUAAUUUAACAUAUCAGUGAGGCUUGUGUUGAUGUGACCUGUGAUCCUUUAAAUCAAUUGGUGUCCUUUUUCCUCAGUCAUUACAAUGGACACUGCAGCCUUGAAUAAUAUUGGUAUGUUGGUACCACCAACAUACAUCACACAGUAUUAGCUGGUUAGGAUCUGUACACAGUAUCCGCUCCACCAUGGCCUGAACAGCCCAGGUAUACAGGAGCAUGUAUACACCAUGUGUGUGCAUUGCUAGGUGUGCUAACAAUGGCUCUGUCUGACUGAGUGCAAGUAGAUUUACCUUAUCUUUCACUGUGCAUUUUACUCAACUCCUCUGUAGAUUAUUGAACUAAAAACCUCUCAUUUCACAUCACUCAGUCUGUUAUCUUGCAGCCUGCUGGUUUUAAGUGUCUGCUCCGUUUGGCUGUUUGUUGAAACA